CGACCACACCCCCUUGGAAAUAUCGGUGGCCACUUGGCACGCCAGAUUGGCAAGUCGUUUGGUUAGUGCUAGUUUGGCCAUGCCGCAGGGCGAGACAUUCCAUCGGGCGGUCUCGAAUGUGCUUUUUAUUUCACAAAUCUACGGCCUGCUUCCGGUUAGCAAUGUCCGUGCUCUGGACGUGGCGGAUAUCCGGUUUCGUUGGUGCUCGCCUCGCAUUUUGUACUCCCUACUCAUCGGGAUCCUAAAUCUUAGCGAAUUCGGUGCGGUCAUCAACUAUGUCAUCAAGGUGACCAUCAACUUUCACACCUCCAGCACGCUUUCACUGUACAUUGUCUGCCUUCUGGAGCACCUCUUCUUCUGGAGACUGGCCAUCCAAUGGCCCAGGAUUAUGCGCACCUGGCAUGGAGUGGAGCAGCUCUUUCUGCGGGUUCCCUAUCGGUUCUACGGCGAGUACAGGAUAAAGAGGCGCAUCUACAUUGUGUUUACAAUUGUCAUGUCAUCAGCUUUGGUGGAACACUGUCUCCUGCUGGGCAACUCAUUUCAUCUGAGCAAUAUGGAGCGCACCCAGUGCAAGAUUAACGUUACCUACUUCGAGAGCAUUUACAAGUGGGAGCGUCCUCAUCUAUACAUGAUCCUGCCCUACCACUUUUGGAUGCUACCCAUCUUGGAGUGGGUUAACCAGACCAUUGCCUAUCCGCGCUCAUUCACCGACUGCUUCAUCAUGUGCAUUGGCAUUGGCUUGGCUGCCAGAUUUCACCAGCUCUAUAGAAGAAUCGCUGCUGUUCAUAGGAAAGUAAUGCCCGCGGUCUUUUGGACAGAGGUUCGGGAGCACUAUCUGGCAUUGAAGCGUCUGGUUCAUCUCCUGGAUGCGGCAAUAGCUCCACUGGUGCUCCUCGCCUUUGGCAAUAACAUGUCUUUCAUUUGCUUUCAAUUGUUCAACAGCUUCAAAAAUAUAGGUGUGGAUUUCCUGGUGAUGUUGGCUUUUUGGUACUCCUUAGGAUUCGCUGUAGUUCGCACUUUACUUACUAUUUUCGUGGCUUCUUCCAUAAACGAUUACGAACGAAAGAUUGUCACAGCCUUGAGGGAUGUGCCCUCCAGAGCUUGGUCCAUAGAGGUUCAGCGCUUCAGUGAGCAGUUGGGAAAUGAUACGACAGCUCUAUCCGGCAGCGGAUUCUUCUACCUCACCCGCUCACUCGUCCUGGCCAUGGGCACCACCAUAAUCACCUACGAGCUCAUGAUAUCGGAUGUUAUUAACCAAGGUUCCAUCAGGCAAAAGACUCAGUACUGCAGGGAAUAUUAGAUCCUAGAAUUUACUACUCGUAUCUCCAAUUCAAGAACGCAUUUAGUCAUAAGUGUCACGCCCAUGCACCCGCACCGAAUCCACAUUCGCGAGAUCCUAAUCUGCAAAUAGUUCGGCAUACGCCCCUUUUUUUACGGCGUGUCCUUAGGACGUGAAGGACCUCUUUCCAUUUGCUACCCAACAGUCAAGCCAUGCAGCAGUCGGGUCAAAAAGGCACCAGAAACACGCUUCAGCACGCCAUCGGCCCAGUUCUGGUUAUAGCCCAGUUCUUCGGAGUCCUGCCUGUUGCAGGAGUCUGGCCGAGUUGUCGUCCGGAGAGGGUGCGCUUUCGCUGGAUAUCCUUGUCCCUGCUGGCUGCUCUGAUCCUGUUCGUCUUCUCCAUCGUGGACUGUGCGCUAUCCUCGAAAGUGGUGUUCGAUCAUGGACUGAAAAUCUAUACCAUAGGAUCUCUUAGUUUCAGCGUGAUCUGCAUCUUUUGUUUUGGGGUCUUCCUGCUGCUUUCCCGCCGCUGGCCAUACAUCAUCCGUCGAACGGCGGAGUGCGAGCAGAUAUUCCUGGAACCAGAGUACGAUUGCAGCUAUGGACGUGGCUACUCCAGUCGCCUUCGCCUCUGGGGAGUCUGCAUGCUGGUGGCCGCUCUCUGCGAGCACUCCACCUAUGUGGGCAGCGCGCUGUACAACAAUCACCUGGCCAUCGUGGAGUGCAAGCUGGAUGCGAACUUUUGGCAGAACUAUUUUCAGCGAGAGCGCCAGCAGCUCUUCCUGAUCAUGCACUUCACCGCCUGGUGGAUACCCUUCAUCGAGUGGACCACGCUGUCGAUGACCUUCGUGUGGAACUUUGUGGACAUCUUUCUGAUACUCAUCUGCCGCGGAAUGCAGAUGCGAUUCCAGCAGAUGCACUGGCGCAUCAGGCAGCAUGUGAGGCAGCAAAUGCCGAAUGAAUUCUGGCAGAGGAUUCGCUGUGAUCUUCUGGACCUCAGUGAUCUUCUGGGUAUCUACGACAAGGAAUUAUCCGGUUUGAUCGUGCUAUCCUGUGCCCACAAUAUGUACUUCGUUUGUGUGCAGAUUUAUCAUAGCUUUCAAUCCAAGGGCAACUAUGCGGAUGAGUUAUAUUUCUGGUUUUGCUUGUCUUAUGUCAUCAUUCGCGUACUAAACAUGAUGUUCGCUGCAUCCUCGAUUCCGCAAGAGGCUAAGGAGAUUUCCUACACCCUAUACGAAAUACCCACUGAGUUUUGGUGCGUGGAGCUCAGGCGCCUGAAUGAGAUCUUUCUAUCCGACCACUUUGCUCUGAGUGGCAAGGGAUACUUUCUGCUGACUAGACGAUUAAUAUUUGCAAUGGCUGCCACUUUGAUGGUCUACGAACUGGUGCUCAUCAACCAAAUGGCUGGAUCUGAGGUGCAAAAGAGCUUCUGCGAGGGCGGCGUUGGCUCGUCCAAGAGCAUAUUUUCCUAGUUCUAGUUUGAAAUUUGCAUUCUGUCGCACCUUCUGUACUUUUUAAUCGCACCCAAUCAAUCACCUGUCAGAUGAUAUCUAUGAAUACAAUGCGUGUCUGAAACGUU